GCCUAUUCUGUUCAGAGUGCAGUGACCCUGUAACAGCAUAUUGACUGCAAGCUAAGAAUAACUCAGUUAUCUUGCAAAAGAAGAAAAGUGAAAGAAAACUUGAUCAGCAGCCAUGGUUGGUGUGUUUCUACUUGUAUAUAUCUCAGUGAAUCUAUUCCUCCAAAGUCAAGGUCUUGAAAUUAAAAAAGCUAAGAUUUUCAGUGAAAAUACAGAAGUACCAGAAGGUGGUAAACUGGAGGUUACUUGCAGCACAUUUGGUUUUACAAAUAAGGCAGUUUAUUUAUAUCUGACUAAAGAUGGUAAAGCUAUAGAUAUGAAAAACGGACCCGCUCAACGUGACAUCACCUUUAAAAAAGAGAGAAUAGAAAUGGACGAUUCGGGCAACUACAGCUGUGUGUUUUCUGAAGAGCAGUUGGAAAUAAUCAAAGUGACGGGAUAUGGUCAUAAUAUCAUCUUCAUAAAUGUGAUCGAAUCUUUUAUUAAUUCACAGAUACAUUUGCUUAAGUCUGAGGUAGCAGUGGGAAGUGAUGCUGGGUUUAACUGUAAAAUAUCCAGUCCUAUAAACAAAAACCUGUCCAAUAAUAUGAUUUUGGCUUUUCUCAUCAAAAAUGAAAAGCCUAUUAAAGUCAAUAUUUGGGACACAGAAGAGAUGAUGACAACAUUCACCCUCAGAGAGGUCCGGAUGGAAGAUGCUGGAACAUACAGUUGUGCUAUUUUGUUAAACACUCUCCCUUACCAAGGAAUGAGACUUGAUCAAAAUAAUACAGUCAACCUUCAGAUAGUCGUGGCAUCUUACAGCAGCUUUGACAAAACCAUAAUUGUCAUAAUGUGCUCUACCAUAGUGUUGCUUCUCAGUCUGUUUCUGGGAAUUUGGGCAGUGAUCCGAAAGCGAGGAUGCCUUGGAUUCCACAAGGAAAGCAGAUCCUUGAAUGAGACAGAGCUCAGAGGAAAUGACGUGUUCUACGAAGAAAUUUCUAAACCUGACACAGCUGGUACUGGUGAAAUACGAAGUGUUGUCUGUACUGCAGCAGUGUGGGAGGAGUCCUCUGAUAGUGAUGCAAUGUAUGAUGACCUGGACUUCCAGCAGUCUUAAUGGCCUUCCUGUGGUUCAGUCAGUAGAGCAUGGUGAUAGCGGUCUUGUUGUCACAGUCACCGUCUGUCUCACCUUCCCCGGACUCCAUUUCCCAGCAUCCCUCUGGUUCCUCACUUGCACUCAGUCACCAAUCACCUGCACCUGCAAGCCAUCUACUCAUCAAACAAACACUAUAAAGACUCUCACUCCCUGCACCUUGGGGUCUGGUCUUGUCAAUGGAAAACACAAUGUCUCACAUACCUGGACUCCUUACCUGUUACUCACUUGAGAUUCCCGUAUCUUCUUCCAUCCGUCCUUCACCUGCAGAAACAUUCUUCUAUUAAUCGACCAGCUAAGUGACUGUUCCAAAGUGCUUGUUCAUUGACUCACCUGCAUUCUUCGUUUGCCAGUAUCUGUUCCUCUGUUUAAAUAAAACACCUGUUGAUCACUUA